UUUGGGCUAUGAAAAAUUAAAAGUGACUUGUCAGCUUGUGAAACAUACAGCUGUUUUGACCAAGUGGUCCAUUUCAUCAUCAUUGUUAAUCUCUCGAAGUUUAGAUUAGGUUGGCAACCCCUUUUGACAAAACCUAGUUGAUUUGUAAUUGUUAAUUGAAGUUGUAAAUUGUAAUUAUUUAAGCAUUGGACUUCUCUUUGCUGAGAAUUGGACAAAACCUAGUUGUUAUUAGAAUUGGACUUUAAGUGUUCUUGGAAGCAACUUGAAGUGCAAGCAGACACGGAAACACAAACUACAAGUGCAUGAAGCUGGAAUUUUAGCCAAUUGUAGGCCACCACCUGUCAAAGACCGCUUGAGUGGUCCAAAGUUCGCUCAAGCAAUCUGCACGCACCCAAACUCUAAGGAUUUUCAUGGCUUGAGUGGUCUUCUAUUUUCUUGAUUGGCAACAAAAAGGAAAUUUAUUGAGACAUAAAAAGAGAUACAAAAAAAGGACAAGUAGUACUCCACAAGGUAAGCAAACGCUCACUAAAUAAAUCAAAGAAAACACCUAUACAUCACAAACUGUUCUCCCAAUCUUUAAAAUAAAAAAGAAAGGAACCCCUUUAAAUGAGUGGGGGUGAGGAGCGCAAACAGAUGCCCAAAACGACGGCAAGUGACAUACUUUGUCCCGCAACAAAUCCACGUCAUCUAACUUGUCCCCAAAGAUCCUUUCUUUUCUUUCCAACCAAGUGGCCCAAAAAAUUGCGGAAACCACACACAACCACAACACGUUCUUUUCUUGCCUCAAAACCCCAAAAAUCAGUGAGUGGUCUUCUCUUGGCUCCAGUGAAAGGCAACGAUUUUGCAAAUUCUAAGGCAGUUUGAACUCGGGAUUUAGAUGAGAUUGGUAUUCAAGCAACCCUAGAACGCUGAACACCUCAAUUAUAAAUACAUGACUAGGGGAAGACCAAAGUAAGUUUGGAGAAUUGAAGGCUUAUGCCCCUACUCUGAAGAUUGAUCAAGUAUCCAAGCAUUCAAGUCAUUGGUUCAUCCUUGUUGAAGACUUUGGUGGAUUCCAAAGGCAUUCUUGAAGUAUAAAGGAGUUUAUACUUGGUUGAUCAAGCACGGAGAACAGUGAAUGAGGAUUUGACAAGGACACUGAAAUUUGGAAUCACUGCCAAAUAUGCUUCAAAGGAAGUAUGCAUUGUUGCGUGAUUUAGAUAAAAGCUUACAAGAUAUCCAGCAGCAAAAUGAACAGCACUGUGAACAGGAAAUAGAGGAAAUUAAGAGGGGAAUCAAGUCUGGUAACAUUACACCAGAUGCUUCAAAUAUCAGGUUCUCAGAUGAGGUACUUGAUGAGCAAAAGCAUGCCAUCAGGAUUGCUGAUGAGAAGGUUGCUUUGGCUGUUCAAGCAUAUGAUUUGGUAGAUGCUCACGUUCAACAACUUGAUCAAUAUCUGAAAAAAUUUGAUGAAGAGUUUCGGCGUGAAAGAGAAAGUGCUGCUACAACUGGGUCAGCUGCUCAAAACCUCGAAAAUAAUGUUAAAUCUACCAGUGGCAGAGGAGGGCGUAAGAAGACUCGCCUGGCUGCCACAACAACAGCAUCAGUAACUGCAAAUCCAACCAGUAUGGAUUUGGAUCUACCGGUGGAUCCCAACGAACCCACCUACUGUUUCUGCAACCAAGUGAGCUAUGGAGAGAUGGUUGCAUGUGACAAUCCUGAUUGUAAGAUAGAGUGGUUCCAUUUUGGCUGUGUUGGUCUGAAAGAACAACCGAAGGGAAAGUGGUAUUGCUCAGAAUGUGUCGGAAUGCAAAAGCGUAGGAAAGGCAAAUGAAGAGAAACAUUGGUUUCAUGAACCUGUGUAUCGUGGAUGCUUUGGUCUGAUAUUAGUAUUUAGUUAUGUUGAGAAAUAAUUUGAAUUUUUUGUAGUUGAUAAAAUCUCUUGAAGCUUUGUUCAUAAAUUCAACUGAAUAUAUUAUAUAUAUAUACCCUUUGGCAACAUAUUGAAGAGAGUUUUGGGGAAAGAUUGAGCCCCUCAACCGAACUCAAAACCAUGAGAAAAACCCUUUAUGGUAUUCUUUCUUCUGCUAUAAGAAUGUAACCGCUUUUUAAA